CAGACUACAUACAUGAACGAACAAACCGAAACAGCCCCGUGUGGUACACAGACUCGGAAGACAAUCACCCACAAACAAACAGUGUGAACAGCCAACCUAUAUAUGGUUCUCAAUCAGAGGAAAACGUCAAACACCUGUCCCUGAUUGAGAACCAUAUAAGGCUAAUUACAAGUGACCUAAACAUAGAAACACAAAACAUAGAAUGCCCACCCCAACUCACGCCCUGACCAACUAAACACAUACAAAAAUAACAUAAAACAGGUCAGGAACGUGACAGUAAUUUGUUACAUAUUACUUGUUAGAAAUUACUGCACUGUCUGAGCUAGAAGCACAAGCAUUUCGCUACACCCACAAUAACAUCCGCUAUUCACCUGUACUGUAUGUGACCAAUAAAAUUUGAUUUGGAUAGUGGAUAGAGUGGAUAGACUUUAUAUAGACUUUUGAACUAAAACAAAUAUUUUACAGAUGGGAUUCACACCUCAAUGAUGGCCCAGUUGGGUAUACCAGCAGCAGGUUGUGAGGGUAGAAGCGGGUUGCUAAUGCUAAGGUAUUGUUGUAAUGUUAUAUGAAUCAUAAUUUGAAGUUAUGUAUGAUCUACUAACUGCAGUACGAAAAUGUAUGCACUCACUACUGUAAGUCGCUCUGUAUAAGAGCGUCUGCUAAACUACCACAAUGUAAAAUGGGAGCUUUGGAUUCAGCAGCAAGGGCUUUUGACCGUCUGUUCCACAAAAUGGAACCAGAUAAACAAGCAAGUAUGUUUGACCUGUAAAGCAGCAUUUGAUUUCAGCAACAGAUUUGACGCUACAGUACCUCUCGCAGGUGGCUGCAGACAAGCAUGCUUCAGAGGCUGGGUGUAACCACUCCCCUAUAAUCCACAUCCCAACCCAAAGCCACUAGGUCCUCAUUGGGAAGUCUCAGGUCCACGUCACAGUUUGGUUUGGUAUAAAAAGGCUUCCAGGAACAUCUAUUCAUGUCUGCUAGCUAUGUUACAGCCUGCCAUCUUGUACAGCAGGGAGUAAGUAGCCUGUUUCAGUAAAUCUAGACGCCUGUGUUACUGCAGGACUGUUUGCAUUUACAUUGAUGAGUGGUAUAUUGGCAGCUGAUGAGUAAAGAGUGAAGGUAAGAGAACUGUCUUAACAAUUGUUAAAGUUUCUCCUAAAAAUGUAAUGAAGUAAUGGGCAAAAGUCAAAUCGAUAUUCCUGUAAAACAUGUACAUUCAAUGUGCCGUUUUGGGUACAUUGGGUACACAACAUUUAUUUAUCGCAUAGAACUUUGAAAGUAAUUUGACAGGUUUUGCUAUUAUUGUCUUAAUCAUGUUUUGCUAGCUUAUUACAUAUUUACUAAAAUAUGCAUUUUGCCAUUUAGUUUGUAUCCUCCAUCUUCAUUUUAAUUCAAGAAGGACUUUGCAGUACUGUUGAUCAACAAUGAAGAAAUGGAUAUUAGGAUCAGUAUUAACAUGGAUGUUCCUUCCACAUCUGAGGGGAGAUAAUUUAGUGGAAGAUGUUGACGUUCAAGCGGGCUGUAGCACAGCAUCAAACGACCUGGUUUACAUAAUCGACGGUUCCUCCAGUGUGGGCACUCCAGACUUUGACUUGGCCAAACGAUGGCUGGUCAAUAUCACCAGAGGCUUUGACGUGAGCUCUCGUCACACCCAGGUGGGCGUGGUCCAGUACAGCGAUACGCCCCGUCUGGAGAUUCCGCUGGGAAAACACCUGAGCAGCCAGGAACUGGUCGGCGCCAUAAACACCAUCGGCUACCUGGGGGGCAACACCCAGACGGGCAGGGCCAUCAAAUUUGCCACGCAGCACGUCUUCCCGUUCUCCAACCGCACGCAGCCUGCCAGGAACCGCAUUGCUGUGGUGCUGACGGAUGGCCGUAGCCAGGACGACGUGGUGGACGCGGCCGUGGAAGCCAAGGCCCAGAAUAUUAUCCUGUUCGCUGUGGGCGUGGGCAACGAGAUCACCAACUCCGAGCUGGUGUCCAUGGCCAACAAGCCCCCCUCUACAUAUGUUCUCUACGCUGAGGACUACAGCUCCAUCGCUAACAUCCGAGACGCCAUGGAGCAGAAGCUGUGUGAGGAGUCUGUGUGCCCAAUGCAGAUCCCUGGAACAGCCAAUGUAAAGGGAUUUGAGCUGCUGUCUAGAAUGCAGAUCGACAUGAAAGCAAAGAAAGUCCAGGGCUCGCUGAUGUCAGAGACUUCCUACUUGCUUAGCCCCCGACUGGACCUCACCGACAGCACCAGGGCCAUCUUCCCUGAGGGUCUGCCUCCCUCCUAUGUGUUUGUGGCCACUCUACGCCUGAAGAGCCCCACCAACCAUGUGAAGUUGGACCUGAUCAGAGUGCUCUCUCAGGACGGGCUGAAACAGUUCGCUGUGACCCUCAAUGGACUGGACAAGUCUGUCACCUUCACCAGCACAACCACCAGUAUCAACAAGAAAGAACAGUGUGUCAUUUUCAAUGACAGAGGAAUUAAGAGACUCUUUGACUCAGAGUGGCACCAGUUGAAGCUGCUUGUUAAACCCAGACGUAUCAUCUGUUACCUGGACGACAUGCAGAUAGAGGAGCAGCUACUAGAACCUGUAUUUCCCAUCUACAUCAAAGGAAAGAUACAGGUCGCCAAGAAGGUCAAGAUGGAAGCAACUGUUCCUAUCGAGAUACAAAAACUGAGGCUUUACUGCAAUCCCGAGCAAAGUGAGAAUGAGACAGCGUGUGAAAUAUACUCUGUGGAGGAUGACAGGUGUCCUCUGGACAGACAACCUGCAGCAGUGGAGAGCUGUCACUGCCCUCAGGGGAAACCUGGGUCUCCUGGUCUUCCUGGGCCUAUGGGCUUCCGAGGUGAGAAAGGGAGGGAGGGGCCACCUGGCCCUGACGGUAAGCCUGGGAAGCCAGGUGAACGUGGAAUACCAGGAGAACCCGGGAAGAAUGGGAACAAUGGCAAAGCGGGCAUACCAGGGCAUAAGGGCGAAGCAGGACUUAAUGGGGCCAAAGGUGACACGGGAGCACCAGGCCUUGAAGGCAGACCUGGCCCUCCAGGACCUACGGGACCUGAGAGACAGCUUAAAUUGGAGGCCACAGGAAUUCCAGGAGAAAAGGGAAGUCCAGGUGAAGCAGGAGCUCAGGGACCACCAGGGGAGCAUGGACCACAUGGGGACACAGGGCCAGUAGGAAAGGAUGGUUUUGUUGGACCAGCUGGAGUGAAGGGUGAGAAAGGAGACUUUGGGGUUCAUGGUGGUGGUGGACAGAUUGGAGUUCCGGGAAUCCGAGGCCUUCCCGGGCAGAUGGGGCCUGCUGGACCUCGGGGGGAGAGAGGCCCACCCGGACAAGAGGGCCUGGUUGGACCAAAAGGACCUCAGGGUCUUCAGGGUCCGAUUGGUCCACCUGGAACUUAUGGAAUUGAAGGUUCAAAGGGGGCCAAAGGUGCGCGUGGAUCAGAAGGACAUCCUGGGACACCUGGACUGAAUGGAGUGGAGGGAGAGCAGGGGAUUCAAGGGUUACCUGGUGACCGAGGACUGCCAGGGUUCAAAGGUCACAAGGGGGAAACUGGUGAACCUGGUCCAAAAGGAAGCCAGGGUGAGAGAGGCAACAAUGGAGUUCCUGGGAACACUGGGGCAAACGGAGAAGCUGGACUCAAAGGAAGCAAAGGAGAGAAAGGCCUAUCAGGAGAUACUGGAGCCAGAGGGCCGGAGGGGAAGAAGGGGGACGUGGGUCUGAUGGGAGCUGCUGGGCCUCGCGGCUCUCCUGGACAAGAUGGGUUACCAGGGCAACCAGGAGAGCUGGGAUACCCAGGCAAACCUGGGAAGCCACCAACUGAUGACCACUUGAUGAUGCUUUGCGCUAAUGUUCUUCGGAAUCAGCUGCCGCAGCUCCUGGCGAUGUUGGCAUCAAAAAGUCAAUGUGGGCAGUGUGAGACAGUGAAGGGGCCACCUGGUGAGCCAGGCCCUGCCGGCCCCAAGGGCCCCAGUGGAACGCCAGGGUACCCUGGCACGCCCGGUUUACAGGGUUACCCAGGACAGCCAGGCCGGAUGGGACCUCAUGGGCACAAAGGUGAUAUUGGACCAAUGGGGUUAAAGGGGUCCAAAGGAGAUGGAGACACAGGGUUGACAGGUCCUCCCGGCCCAGCAGGUCUCCAGGGGCCCAGAGGCAGUGACGGACACGGUGUCUCAGGGCCUCCAGGUGAACCAGGGAAGUCAGGAAUUCCCGGCAGCCCAGGGAAGCGUGGCCCUCCUGGGGUCAAUGGCGUAUGUGACCCCACCUCCUGCUACCAGGCUAUUCUCAGAGAGGAACGCUACAGCAAAGGACCCAACUUCUAGGUCUCACAAGGAAAGCAGGACAUUUUAAUUUGACAUUUUGAGACUAACAAAGUCAAGGACUGCUCACUGAAAAAUCAAGGGCUGCUGGAGUGAGUGAGUUAACCCUUUGUUUCAUGUGGGAUGAUCCACUCAGACUUGAGAUAAAGAAACAGAGGAUAUAGGGCAACAAAGUGACGCAAAUUGGUAUCCAGCCAAACAGGGUUGUUUAACACUGUCUUCAGGCCAGGGGUAAUUCAGCGAACAGGCAGAAGUGAUGAGGACAAGUGGUGAUUAGGGAUAUUAUUACCCAUCACUGGCUCAUAACAUCCGAGUGACAAUGUUGUUUUUACUGUCUAUCAGUGUCAAGGAGGUAUAGAAACUUACAAUGAGAAUUGCACUGCCUUAGUUAAACUACCUCUUUGUUGGAUCCAAAGCAUUAAACACGAUCUGGAGUGACAGGUAGCAAUUGUGAAAAAGUUUUCUCCCAAAUGAUUUACUGUAUGUUCAAGAGCAACACUAGGAACAUACGACUCUGCAUCAGAAGUCUUUCACUUUAAAACUACUAGCUCUUCACUACAAUGUAUUUUUAAGUAAGUACUAUAUUUUUUAUAUGUAGAAAUUACUUUUUUAAUUCAUUUAUUUUCCUUUUCAAUCAAGCUUGUUAGUCAUUCAUUUGCUUCACUUCUACGGGUAUAAACAUAUUUAUUGUCCUAGUCAUCAUAGAUAUGUUUAUUGUUACACAACUUCUGCAUUUUCCCCUCAGUGUUCAGAGAACCUCCUGCUGGAAGGAAACUAGCAUGUCUACUGUCAGUAUGCGUCGUCUGUCUGUAGUAACCAUGAACACUUUUACCUGAUUUAACUUCCAUCUAUCUUAUUUUGAAAAUCUUUUUUGAGUUCAAUUUUUAUUCUUCCCCACAAUAUGUUUUAAUAUAUCAAAUGGGCUAUUUUGAUACAGUUUGUAGUAUACUUUUUAAAUAUUGUUGUCUUGUUACAAUUGACUUUCUUAUUUUGAUUUCCACAUUUCAAAACAAAUGUAUACAUUUCUCCAUGUAUUUUCUUAUCAGAGA